UCUACCCCUCUACCCCUCACCUCUCUUCACUUCGUAUUUUUUGUUUCUCUUAUUUUCCCUCCUCAAGUCAAUUCGCAAACCAUACAAUUCCCCCCUUUGAUUCCCAAGAAUCUUGCGAACGAGUCUAUACACUCACGCCUACACAAUGACCGUCGCCGACACUAGAAUCAAGCUCAACACUGGAGCAGAGAUCCCCGCAUUGGGACUCGGAACCUGGCAAUCGGCUCCUGGCGAGGUUGAGAAGGCUGUAAGCCACGCCAUCUCGGUGGGAUACAGACACAUCGACGCCGCUUUCUGCUAUCAGAAUGAAGAGGAGGUUGGUAAGGGAAUCAAGGAUGCUCUGGCCUCCGGAAAAGUGAAGCGAGAGGAUCUCUUCGUGACCACCAAGCUGUGGUGCACUUACCACUCCCGGGUGGAAGAAGCCCUGGAUCUGAGUCUGAAGAACCUGGGUUUGGACUACAUUGAUCUCUACUUGAUGCACUGGCCGUUGGCCAUGAACCCCAAGGGUAACCACCCUCUGUUCCCUAAGCUUGCAGAUGGCUCACGAGACAUCGACCACUCGCAUUCUCACGUCACCACAUGGAAAAAUAUGGAGAAACUGCUUGCAACAGGAAAGGUCAAGGCUAUUGGCGUCUCGAACUACAGCAAGAGAUAUCUGGAACAACUGCUUCCCGAGGCUGCUGUGGUCCCUGCAGUUAACCAGAUUGAGAACCACCCAUCUCUCCCACAACAAGAGAUUGUCGACUUUUGCAAGGAGAAGGGUAUUCACAUCACCGCCUACAGCCCUCUGGGAAGUACCGGUAGCCCGCUGUUCACAGCCGAGCCUAUUGUAGAGGUUGCAACGAGGAAGGGGGUCUCCCCAGCCACGGUUCUUCUCAGCUGGCACAUUGCCCGUGGAUCAUCUGUUCUUGCUAAGUCGGUUACUCCCUCUCGUAUCGAGGACAACCGCAAUCUGGUUCAGCUCGACGAAUCGGACCUUGCUACCAUUGCCAAUUACUCCGAUGAUCUUGCGGCCAGGAAAGCAUUCCAGCGCUUCGUCUAUCCCCCCUUCGGUGUUGACUUCGGAUUCCCCGACAAGUCCUAAAACCAUUGACAAUGCCUAAGUCUACCUAAUUAGAAUCUCCUAGAACAGAUGGCACUGGGGGUGGAAAGCAGAGCUGCCUAUCCUCCCGCCACACUUACACCAUAAUAAGUGGGGCAAUAAACAAUUAAGCGCACAACCGCUUUAUGUACAUGUGUUAUGUCCUUUCUAUAGUGGGUGUGGGUGACUCAAGUGAGUUUUGUAUAAAAAGCCUGGAGAGCCUGG